AUUUACGCCAGACGAUAAACUAUCAAAAUGCCACGUACUAUCCCAUUUCAGUUUGACUCCCUCGUUCUUCCUUCGGCUUUCUGAACAAAAUGAAAGGGCCAGUUUCGUUUCUGCUUCUCUUAUCCUUAAUUUUCAUCCUCUUCACUGAAGCCAAAUCCACGAGCUUCCAGUUGCAACCUCGAGCUUUUGAGUCCUUUAACGUCAGUUAUAUUCAGAAUCUGGGGAGCUGUUCUUAUACGGUGAUAAUAACAACAAGCUGUUCCUCUUCCAAAUACACUCGAGAUCAGAUUAGUAUCGCUUUCGGCGAUGCUUAUGGCAAUCAGAUAUAUGUACCAAGACUAGACGAUCCAUCCACGAGGGCAUUCGAACGAUGUUCAUCUGAUACAUUCCAAUUAACUGGACCAUGUGCUUAUCAAAUUUGUUAUGUGUAUCUGUAUCGAAGUGGCCCUGAUGGGUGGAAGCCAGAGAGUGUGAAGAUUUAUGGGUAUAAUACAAGAGCUGUUACAUUCAACUACAACACUUUUAUUCCUGGUGAUACUUGGUAUGGCUUCAAUUUAUGUCAAAGCGCUUCUUCUUCAAAUCAUCAAUCUGUUUCCAGAUGGUUUAUAUAUGUAAUUCUGGGAUUUGUUAUCACUUUUGUUUUGUAAUUUUGUAAUUAUCAUUUGCUAUUAUUCAUCAGCUGUAUAACAGAUUUCAGAAGAAAGAUUUGCUUUGCUUCUAUA